AGGUCUUGAGGACAGCGCGGGAUGCGUCGAGCCUUCGCUCUGACCACCGCUCUCGGGGCCCUGUGUUUCGUGUUCCUGUCGCGCUACACCACCGUGCUUCCCUGGCUCAGCUGGUGGAAAUCGGUGCGCUCGGAGGAGGACGAGGACCUGGAGGCCAGCGGCUACCUGAUCCGCACGCCCGAGUGCCACAUCCCCGCCUGGGAUCCGUUCGACCCCAGCGUGGCCCACCUGUACCGCAAGGUGGCCGACUUCGUGUGCCCCGGUAGACCCUCCUUCCUGCGCGUACGUCCCAACGCGGUGCUGAUCGCGGACGACGCGCUCCUCUGGCGUUACUACAAGCUCAAGCACUCGCAGAUCAAGUGCACUUACAGGGAGGUCUACAGGACACCCAACGCCCCGGCGCACGUGGUCGACGAUCGCUACAACCUAAGCGCGCCGAAGCAGCUGACCUUCGGUCAACCGCUGAAAGUGCACCACGCCAUCGUCAACUGCUUCCACAACCGCCAGGAAGUGCUAGUGCAACACGUGCCCCUCGUGCCGCUGUCGCAGGAGCUGGAGCGAAAGCUCACGAAACUCCAAAAGUCCUCCGAAAAUUCGGGGGCGGUGAAGUUGAACGUACUCAUGGUGGGAGUGGACUCUAUAUCAAACCUCAAUUUCGAAAGGCACAUGCCGAGGACCAAGGCGUUUCUCAAGGACGUUCUGGGCGCGGUACAACUACACGGUUACACCAAGAUCGGCGACAACACGUUCCCCAACAUAGUGGCACUAUUGACGGGGCACUUCCUGGAGUACUAUUGGAACGAAAGCCUCUCCAGGUUCACGUUCGACGGGCUGGACUUCGUGUGGAAAGAUUUUGCCAAGAGGGGGUACCGCUCGUUAUUCGCUGAGGACGCGCCUAACAUAGCCACUUUCAACUACCUCAAACACGGCUUCUCCAAACCGCCCGCAGACUACUACUUGAGACCACUGUGCCUCGCCACGGAAAACUCAGCCGUUCGCUCCAAAGCGGGCCGUCACUGCUGGGGCUCCAAGAUGGAGAUGGAGGUGGUGUUCGACUACCUCGCCGACUUCGUGGAGGCGUGCGAGUCGCGUCCUCACUUUGGCUUCGCUUUCGUGGCUCGCCUGACGCACGACACCCUCAAUAACGCCGGUUACGCCGACGCGCCUUCAGUGCGCCUCCUCGAGCGUCUCUACGGCAGCGGCGCGCUCAAGAACACGCUGCUGGUGUUCUUCAGCGACCACGGUCUGCGCUUCGGACCCAUACGCUCGACGUUCGUGGGGAAGCUCGAAGAGCGCAUGCCCAUCAUGUUCCUCGCCUUCCCAGAAACCUUCGCGCAGCAGUACCCGGCCGCGGUAGCGCGGCUGCGAACGAACACUCGGCGACUCACGACGCCCUUCGACGUGCACGCCACGCUGCAGCACUUGGCUUCGUUCCCGCCGGAACAUCCCCACCGGACGAUGCACGGCGUCAGCCUUUUCCACGAGGUGCCGUUCAACCGAAGCUGCGACGAAGCGUUCAUCUUUCCGCACUGGUGCACCUGUCAGAACAGGACGGUGGUGCCGGUCAAUGAUCCCGGUGUAAUCAACGCCUCGCACGCCUUGGUGAGUGCCGUCAACUCCCAGCUGGAGAGCAGGGCCGAACUGUGCAGCCCACUCGCGCUCGACAAGGUCGUGGACGCGACGGUGUCGCAGCCGAACGACAAGGUGCUCCGCUUCGUGCGCCACUACCACGACGUGAUCGGUCGCGGAGUGCAGCUAGGAAAGCGGGUGACCGCGCCGCUGGAUUACAUGGUGACCGUGAUGGUGAAACCCAGCAACGCGCUGCUGGAGGCCACCAUUCGCUACUACGAACCGACAGAACAGUACGUCGUGCUCGGUGACGUGAGCAGGUUGAAUAUGUACGGCAGUCAAGGGGAGUGCAUAUCGGACGCGGUUAUGCGCAAGUUCUGCUACUGUAGGACGCAAGUGAACACUGCUAGGGGACCGGGAUGAAAAUACAUCCUGCAGAGAAACACCGGUCCUAAACACCGAUAACGAGGCCCUAUGGACGGCACCUCGCGUUGUGCAGCCCGCACGUUUCGGCAGACGUCUGACGCAUGUAUACAGAUUAUCUCGUGCAGCGAGUGUAUAGGAACAAUCUCCCCAUGCUAUGAACGAGGUAACCCGCACCGAAGGGAGCGUGUGCAAUCGCUCACUGGUACAAGACGUCCGCGCGUUACGCUCGCCAGCUUAGCGCUGUUUCUGAAGGCAAAGGCGGAACUAUUACUUGUUGAAGGAAGUGCUGUAGUAUGCUUCGAAGGUGCGUUGAAAUGAUCUUUUAUUUAUUUAUUACCGUAGCCAUGUCAAAGAGGCUAGGAUACCACGCAGAGAUAAUUUAUGAACAAUGCUUAACUUGAAAACACCACGACAAGAACUAAAAUGCAGUGAACCAAAUUGAUCAGUUCAUCCGCACUUAGGCCGAGAUGCCCUGAGGUGCCACGUACAAGCUUUAAUGAUUGCUAUCUGCGCACCCUUGCUGUGUUAAUAUUAAAAGAAUGGCGGUCAAAAGCCAGUGGCGCUUACAGAUCAAAAGACUUUCUACUUCUUGUAUUUGUCACAUAAAUGUCAUAAUGACUGCUAUAAUAAGUGUGGAUACAAGCAUGUACGUACAUGUGUAAGAUAUACUCCUGGACAUUGUCUGUGAUACGCGUAAAAGAACACGCGGCAAUGAGUGGCGGUAGGUCCAGUCAGUAGCUAUGAAUAGAAUAAUUUGUUACCUGAAUAUAACGAAUUGAAUAAUGGUAAAAAGAUUUGAAUGAAGGCCACCGGCACGGUGUUGCUGUUUCUAGUCACAGAUGAAAGAGGUUUCUGAAC